AUGUCUGAUCAGCUCAUCAUUGUUAAUGUUCAAAAUAGCAAUGGUGCUCAUCUUUUUCAUUUUGCAGUUGUGUAUGGUCUCCACACAAUCCAGGAUAGGAAGUCACUAUGGUUAGAGCUAAGUGAUUUUGUUACCAACAUUCAAACUCCGUGUAUUAUGAUGGGAGAUUAUAAUGAUGUUAGAUAUGCAGCUGAUAGAAUUCAGGGGUCUGAUGUUGGCCAGGCUGAAACAAUUGAUUUCAGCAACUUUAUGGAGGAUCACCAAUUCAUUGAAGCUCCCUCUUCUGUAUCCCCCUGCUGGAGUGUCAGAUCACACUCCUUGCUGUUUACUCUGGAUAGAAUUCAACAGGAAGGGGGGAGACCCUUUAGAUCUCUAAUUUUCUUGCAGACCAAGAAGGUUUUAUUGAAGUUGCGCAUAGAUCUUGGGGGGUCUAUUCAUUGUAACCAUAAAAUGAAGAAUAUUUGGGAGAAGUUGAAGGUUGUUAAGCAUGCUCUUAAAGACUUUCAUGCCAAAAGUUUCUCUAAAGCUCAUUGUAAAGUGGAGGAGCUUAGGAAAAAACUUGCUGCAUUACGAGCUUUGCCUGCAUUGCAGUCUGAUGUUACCUUGCAACAUGAAGAGAAGGAAACCUUAGAGAAAUUGAAAAAAUGGUCUCAUAUAGAUGAAAGUAUCCUAAUGCAGAAAUCUAGAAUUAACUGGCUCUCAAUGGGUGAUUCUAAUUCUAAGUUUUUCUUCACAGCUACAAGGGUGAGAAAUGCUAGAAACAAGAUUUCCUUGCUUCACAACUCUCAGGAGGUUGUGUUGACUGAUCCCUAA